CGCGCUUUGCAGGAGCUCUCCCAAGCGUGGGCAACAGGAACGGAGCAACCGCGCCAAAUAUAGAGUGGAGAAAGGGCAGAGAGAGUGAGCGCCGCUCUCGCUCACACCGUGCUCGGUUCUUCGGAUCAUUUUUGGAAAAAUGUAUCGGUGACUAAGCUUGACCUACUUGGACCGCCGUAUCAAACCUUGAUCCCGUCAUCCGGAGUCCGCCGCCACCUCCGAUUGAAAACCCUAACCCUAGCUUGCCGAUGGCCUCCGCUGUGGAUCCUACCUCCUCCCUUGGCACCUCUCGGCCAUCCCGCAAUCUGUCUGCUUCCUGGUCGCAUAUCGCCGCCGCCUCUCCUUCAGCGCCGUUGGCGGACCCGAUUCCUUCGCGUGAUUCAUCGGAACGAUCCUUGCAGAAGUCACCUCCCGAAUCGCAUUCGCCGCCUCCUUCUGAGAGCCCCGAUCAUGCCAUCGACGGCAAUGCCGCCGCCGCCGCCUCCCGGGGUAAGAAGACUGUCUGGAACGUGCCAUCUAAUGGCUCGAGUGAAGGGGGAGCCGUCAUGGACGCGGCCUACUGGCCCGCGCUCUCCGAGUCCGCUAGGGCUUCUCCGAAAUCUUCAUCUUCUGAUUCCCUGAAGGGCCUCUCUGAUUCAUCAAUAUCUGUUCAUUUGGGGUCUUGCUCUCCAAUCUCGAAGCCUGCUUCGAGUACCCCAAACCCUCGUCUAGCUUCAAGCCCCUCAUCUUCUGCCCGCCAUAAAACCAUGAAGCAUGUCGCUACAAAUGCUGUUUUUGAUACUAGCAGUGGAAGUGGUGGAUUGCCUAAUGGUGGAGUGGCAACGCCAUCUCCUUUACCAGCCUUAUCACAGAUAAGCCAGCCAUUGCCAGACAGGCAACCUUCUCCCAAAGGACUUACAAAUAAGAACAGCAGCAACAACAAUCACAAUUGGGAUAAUUCCUCGAGGGCUUCUGGAGUUUCACACCAAACCCACGGAGGUAAUGAUUAUCACCGCGGCUAUGGUGGUGGCAGGAGGGGGAAUAAUGGUCAGCAUAACAGCUAUGGUAAUAGGCGGGAUCCUGAACGUGGGGGCUACGAGUGGAAUCAUCGAAAUUUUGUUAGAGACGCUCACGUGCCACAGCUGCAUCCUCAGUGGGGUGUUCGGCCAUACUCAAGGCCUCCACCGGUUGCAGCUCAGUUAAUUGCUCCGCCUCCACCUCCUAGGCCUUUCAGCCACAAUAUGGGAUUUCAUGAUAUGCCAUCUGCCAUUUAUUAUGUUCCGGCCCCUCCACAUCCUGAGACCCUGAGGGGUUUACCGUUUGCUCCUCAUCCAGCUCCAGUUCCAGCUCCACCUGUGAUGUUUUUUCAUGCUCCUGAUCCCCAGCGUGCAAUGUUACUAAAACAAAUUGAUUACUACUUCAGCCCUGAAAACUUGUGUAAAGACACUUAUUUGCGGAACUGUAUGGAUGAACAAGGCUGGGUUCAUAUAUCUGUGAUAGCUGGUUUCAAUAGGGUCAAGCAGUUAACUAACAACAUUCAGUAUAUUAUUGACACAUUGCGCUUGUCCAGUGUUGUGGAAGUUCAGGGUGAGAAAAUAAGGCGGCGGAAUGAUUGGUCGAAGUGGUUGAAUGCAGCCAAUCAAUUUGGUUCUUCUGGUGCUCGAUCUCCGACUACCACCACCACCACUUAUGAUGCCAUGACAAGCCAGUUUCAAAACUUUGGAUUGGAGAAUAGUUCUAAACACAAUAGUAUGAGAGGAUCAGCAGACCCAGUUAUUGCCGGAUCAGCAUCUGGGGAUUUUAAUAGCCAACAAUCAGUGGACGGUCAGAGCUAGAGGUGACAUAAAUUUUGAUUUUGGCGGAUCUGUUUUUUUUUUUUUUGGUUCGAAGAGCUAUAAUGGAGCUGAGGGUAUAUUUUCAAUCAGUUUAUUAAAAAAAAAAAGAAAAAAAAAAGUUUCUGCUAGAUUUUCUUCCGUUUACAAAAUUAAAAAAAAAAUUAAAAAAAAAUAAAAUCUAAAAAGAAAGUAAAUGGUUUUGAAUUUGUAUAGAUUUGGCUCAGCAGAUGGUAUUGAAUUGUUAGUAUAUGCAUUUCUACUAAGUUUUAUAUCGUUAGAAUCAGGGAUGAAUUUUGGGGAGUUUAUUGCAAUUUUUGUUCGAGCUGAGUACAUUGACAUUUAUUUUGCGCCUAUAUUACAAUUUUUUUUCUCACCAUUCUUAUUUAGAAAUUACGUAUGUGUGCUUUGGAGGCUGUAAUAGCAAAAACUAAUCUUAUUAGCAAAGUGCAUAAUCAAUUAAAUUAAUAUUAUUAUGCAAUAUUUGUUAA